AUGAAGGUCGUCGACAUCCAUACUCACAUGUAUCCGCCAGCAUUGAUGGAGCUGCUGCGAGCCCGAGAAACUGUCCCAUACGUGCGUUCUUUUCCGGACAAUCCUGAAGCAGGAGAGCGACUCGUCAUUUUACCUUCCGAAGAGACUGGUUCAACCUCCCGUGGACGUCCGAUUKGGUCCGAAUACUUCGACGUCGAACAGAAAAUCACAUUCAUGGAAAAUCACGGCAUUGAUAUUAGUGUGAUAUCGCUCGCCAACCCGUGGCUGGACUGGCUACCAGCCGACUCUGCCGCAGAGACCGCACGACUUGUGAAUGAUGAUGUGGAGCGAAUGUGCACGGAGCACGAAGGGAAGCUGUAUGCAUUCGGCACCCUUCCAUUGAGUGCAAGCGCAGAUGAGGUCGUGAAGGAGAUCGAGCGACUGAAGUCACUAAAGCACUGUAGAGGGGUGGUCAUGGGAACUUCUGGUCUAGGUGCCGGUCUGGAUGACCCGAAGCUCGAUCCUAUCUGGGCGGCUCUGGAGAAGAACGAGAUGGUCAUGUUCUUGCAUCCUCACUACGGCUUGCCGAGUGAGGUAUAUGGACCCCGUUCCGGCGAAUACGGCCAUGUCCUUGCGCUGUCCAUGGGAUUCCCCCUUGAAACUACCAUCGCAGUGACACGGAUGCUGUUGAGUGGGGUGUUUGACAGGUUCAAAUCCCUGAACGUUCUGCUCGCUCAUAGUGGAGGAACACUGCCAUUCCUAGCUGGCAGGAUAGAGAGCUGCAUCGCACAUGAUUCUCACCUCAAGCAGGAAGGCAAGAUUGAGCAGAGAAGGGACGUAUGGGWCGUGCUGAAAACGAACAUAUACCUCGACGCAGUGAUUUACUCUGAGUUGGGCGUAAAUGCUGCCAUCGAUGCCAGUGGUGCAGAUAGAGUGCUCUUUGGAACGGAUCACCCAUUCUUUCCGCCAUUGGACACAGACGAGCGAGAGUGGCUCAGCGUAACGUCAAACAUGAAGGCGGUCAUGUCGGCUACUGGUGUGGACGAGGUAGAUGAGGAACAGACUGGACUGAGCAUCCUUGGUGGAAAUGCCAUGAGGAUUUUGCAUAUUGACAAUGCUUGA